AUGGGGAACUUCGGGCAUUUACCAGAGGAAGCACUAGAGUACACCAAUUUCACUGGAAAACGCGCAUCUCUGGACCAAGUCUGCAACCACCAAGGGAAAAUCCUCGCACUAUUUAUGGCGGAAAAUGGUUUUAUUCUUCUGAAUGGCAGAUCGCCUGGUGAUUCUAUGGGGGAUUUCACCUUCAGCAGUCCUCUUGGUAAUAGCACUGUUGAUUUUAUUUGGGUUGAUGUGUCUGGUCUGCAUCUUGUCGGUGAUAUGUGGGUCGAUAACCGAAUUACUGGCUCUGAUCAUUUUCCGAUCACAAUCAGUCUCUUGUUAAACGCCCCUUUGCCGGUCAACAAUGUCUGGAGUGAAGAUAGACAGUCUAAUAUUACUAAAUGGAGACCAGAGUGUGCCGAUCGAUACCGUUACUGCAUGGAAUGGUCUCCGCUGGUAAAAAUUGAUCUGAAUGAAGCUACAGUUGAAGACUUCAAUACUCAACUUAAAAAGGGGAUUGAUUCCGCAGCAAAUGAUGCUCAAAUGUCCCUGAAAGAGCAAAGCUGUACUUUUAACCACUCAUUUAAAUCUUGGUUUGAUAAGAGUUGCAGAGCUCUCAAUCAUACUCUAAAAAUACUGCUGAAGAAGUGCAAAGCCGCUGGAAAUGAUGUAUACCUUUGGUCUGAAUAUAACCGUAAGAAGAAGGAGUAUUACACCUACCUAAAGGGAAAGAAGGUGCAUCACAUCACUACUAUUCAGGAUAAAUUCGCUUGCGCAAAAAACUCGAAGGAUUUUUGGGAGGUGGUAGAAACUGUAAGAAAGCCCCCCUACCGAGCUUCAAAAGUCAGCCUUCAGAAAUGGGAAAAUUUUUUCCAGGAAGUGUAUCCCCCGCGGGAACUAUAUCUCGUGGUUAGUGAUGUACAUGAGCAUCCAAUACUAGACGCGGAGAUUACUCUGGAGGAGCUUCAACUUAGUCUGAAAAAAUCUAAAUCUGAUGACAUUGCUAUGCUCUUCCGCUCUGCUAAUCAUCUAUUAAGAGGAUUAAAAAUCUUAGAAAACUACUGCAAUCUAAACAGUAUGCAGGUAAAUAUAUCGAAAAUCAAGGUCCUGAGAGUCAGUUCCACGGGAAAAAGUCGUAGAAAAUGUCCCACAUUUCUAUUUAACGAGGAAACAAUUGAAAUGGUCAACUCAUACACUUACUUAGGUGUGGUCUUCACGGCCGGUGUAAUAGGUAUCCCCACGGUGAAAUACGCAGUCAACAAAAGUAAAAUUGCGACCGGCACUGCGCUUACAGUUCUCGCAAAACUGAAGGCUGACUCUUGGUGUGGAAAGAUUAAAAUAUACAACGGCUUAGUUAAUAGCACACUCCUUUAUUUGGCUCAGAUAUGGUGUCUUAGGCCAGAUUUCAUCGAAACAGUCGAAGCAGCGCAUUUGGACUUCUUCAAGAGACUUUUAAAUCUCCCAAAAUGCACGCCAGGUUACGCUUUACGCUCUGAAAUGAACAUUCCACACAUUGCCACCGACAUCCUACAACUUGCCAUCAACUGGGGCAUUAAGAUUCUAAAGCUAGAAAAUCACAGGCUACCGGAGUUAUGUCUAUUUCGCUUGGCUGAGUUGAGAAACUCCUCCACUAACCAACACAAGUGUAACUGGGCUCAUCAACUAUCCAACUUACUCAGGACGGUCAACGAAGAACAACUGCUAGAUAACCCGGAUGCGGAUUACCGGAGUGCUAGGAAGAAUAUUAUUCUUAGAAAGUUUCGAUGCCACCUAGCCUUGGCUGAUAGGGAGAGGUACUCUCGAUCCAGCAGCUGCCAAACAAUUUUUUCGAUUCCUCUCUUCGAGGUUAUCCCUGAAUUAACAUUGAGGGUUCCUCACCACCUCAGUAAGCCAAUCAUUCAAUUACGACUGGCAUCCAAGUAUGCGUGCUAUCUGUCGAUCAAUUCUGAAUCCAUUAACUUAUCGCCGCUAAAGGACUGCAAGUUUUGCAGCACUGGUAGCAAAGAGACUAUCCUACACGUCCUCAUUCAGUGUCCACUGUACUCUGAUCUCAGAAAAUAG